AUGUUUUCUGGUACAAUUAAGAUAGCAAGUUUAGAUGAUUACAUAUCUCCUUCUUAGGAGUGUAUUCUACCAAUUUUUGAUAAAAAUUCAAAAUUGAAAACUACUGAAGAUCCUACAGUUAAAGCAUAUGGAAUGAUUCCUCAAAAACCAGAUUUGAUUAAAAAGACAGCAAAGUAAACAGCAAAAGUCACUUUGAGUGAUUGUCUUGCAUGUAGUGGCUGCGUUACUACUGCUGAAACUAUCUUGUAAUAAUAGCAAAGUGUUGAAGAGUUUCUUUUAAAAUUACAAUCUUACAAGCAUGCAGUAGUAGGCAUUUCCUAACAAGCUAGGGCCUCUAUGGCUUACCAUUUUGGCCUAUCAGAAGAACAUAUUUAAAGAGCAUUGACUUAUUUCUUUCAAGACUAAUUGAAUGUUUAAUAUGUCUUUGACAUGAGAUUUGCAAAUUAGUUAGUAUUAGAAUAAGCAUAUAGAGAAUUCAAGAAAAGAUAUGAAAACAAAUAAAGUGUACCUGUGCUUUCUUCUGAAUGUCCAGGAUGGGCUUGCUAUGCAGAAAAAGCUGUUGGAGAAUUUGUUAUUCCUUAUAUGUCCUAAGUUAAAUCUCCAUAAUAAGUUAUGGGCUCAUUAGUUAAAAACUCUCUAGCCAGCAAAAUGGGAAUUGAAUCAAAGGAUAUUCUUUUUGUUAGUGUUAUGCCUUGCUAUGAUAAAAAAGUAGAAUCAGCGAGAAAGGAAUUCGAGAGAAAUGGUAUCAAGGAUGUUGAUGUUGUUCUCACUGCUUAGGAAAUAAUGGAUUUGUUAAAAAAAGUAGAAGGAUAAAAGUUGGUUGAUGUCCAAGAAUAAAUAAAAUAGGCAUAGACAAAUGUAAAUAAUAGUAACGAUGAAGAAAGCAAGAAUGAGUUGAUUUCAAAAGAGAGAGAAUAUAUUGAAAACAAUAUUUUUCCCUAUGAAAAUUUAGAUAUAUCUCGUAUUGUUGUAAGUAAUAUAGAAGAAUAUCUUUUUGGAGAUAGUUAAACAUUUGAUUAGCUUCUAUUGCCUAUAUUAUCAAAUAUUUUUGAUUCAACUAUUGGAUCAAACGAUUAUCUUGAUUAUAUCAUUAGAAGAGCUGCAUCAGAUAUUCAUCACCUUAAUCCAGAUUAAUAUGAAAUAAUUACUAAAUAAGGAAAAAAUUCUGAUUUUAAUGAAAUCUUUCUAGUUAAAGAUGGAGCUAAUAUUUUAAGUUUUGCUAGAGUUUAUGGUUUAAGAAAUAUUUAAAAUAUAAUAAGAAACUUGAGAUAAAAUAAGUGUAAAUACGACUACAUUGAAAUCAUGGCAUGUCCUAGUGGUUGUCUAAAUGGAGGUGGUCAGCUUAAAUCUUUAGAUGAAAACAUGAAAACUAAAGAUUUAAUUGAAAAACUUUAAGAAAUACUUAGAAAAAAGAGUGUAAUUUCUAAUGAUUAAAACUACAAUAAUUUAGCAUUCUAAUAGAUAAUUAGAGAUAGUACUAAUAUUUAUUUCGAAACUAUAUUUAAGCACAUUGAAAAACUAAAUACUUAAAGUAGUCUAAAUUGGUGA